CUGCCGGUGGCCCGCCUUCUUUGUCUUUGUCUCUUUCUUCAUCGUUUUUUCGCAUCGUCGGCCUCAAGUUUCGCCUCAUCUUGACGACACGACUACCGAAGCAGCGUGUGUGCCCUUGCAUGCUGCGACUCAACUCAACUCUAGACACUGUCUUCAUCCUCGCUCGGGCUGUCCGACCCAACACCAACCAGCGCUCGCUCCCCCUCUUCUUUCUGCUUAGGCCCCGUGGGAAUUUGAACAAAUAGACGACAGAAAGUCCGUCUCUUCUUUUUUUUUAACGUUUUCGCUUCCGGACCGUCAACGCAACGCUACUCCGACGCUUCCGCGCCGGGCUUUACCACCAGACGCACGACGCUGUUCCCGGGCGAUUUACAGGCGAUCGGCCCCCCUACGACGCCGCGACGCAGUGACUCAGCGAGUUGCCACAGCGCGACAAGUGCACUGUAACAGCCCGCUGCAAGGCACCAAAGGCCCCCCCUCCAACCCGACGCUCUGUUUCCAGCAGUGGACGUAGCAGCAGCGGCAGCCGCACGCCAAAACUGCCGACAGCAGCCAAAUUCCAUCGAACAAGGCACACGCCCCCUCCUGUCGCUGGAAAUACAAAAGAAAUAUUUCCACGAAAAAAGAGAGCGCCAAAAGGGAAAUCAAAGGUUCCCCUUUACGUACACGAAAAGCAAGGCGCUUUAUUUUAUUGGCACGCUAAGCAAACCACCCCGGCCAGCCAGCCCAGCCCAACCAACGGCCGCUGAAGAAAGCCAGAGCCCGCCUUACGCAAUCCGCCCCAGCGUGUGUUGCACCACAGCGCCGCUGCCUCACUCACCCACUCAGCACCCGAGUCCCCUGUCCUGCCCUGCUGCACGGCCAUGUCCCCACCCAACCAAACGAUUCUCCCAUUGACUCAGACGCCAUGAUGGCCCAAGGUUCCUCUUCCUGGUGGACUACCACUUCGUCCCGACACGCCUCCCGGUCCUCCGCCUCUUCUUCCUCUUCAUCCUCUUUGAAACCGAAAUCCGCCAAAUCACUACUUACCUCUGCCCUGCAAAAACCGACAACUACUACUACACCUAGUCCUGCUUCCACUGCUGCUGUUGCUGCUGCUCUUCCUCGCCAAAAGACAGCCUUCAAGUAUGCAGCAGACGACGCUCCAGACGCUACGUUUACCGUUACUGUCUCGCCCGUCAAACCGCCCUCGACCUCCCGCACUAGCUUCAGCACGUCUUCCGACGACUCCGACGACGCCGCCAGCAUGAGCAAAGGAAGAAGUGGCAGUCGACGCCUCGCUCCCUCCAGUCCUCCCUCCUCUACUACCGUCCUCACCCGAUCCUCCACGCCCACCAGCAGCCCUGUCCAGAUCCCUCGCCAACAGGGCCGUGAUGGCAGCCACUCGCUGAGCCGCCACUCCUCAACACACCACCGCAAGCCGUCGAAAAAGUCCCAUCGCCAGCAUGCCAUCUCUCCAUCCGUGGCGGCCCUGCUGGCUGUCACUGACAUUCCUCGCCCGAGGCAGGCUAGCAAGCGGUCCCGCCAGGCGGCCCUGACGGUCAACGAUAUCAUUGACCAGCAGGUCUCGGAAAAGGAACUGAGCUGGAACAUGAACAAGAGCCCGCUGGACGUACUCUUGACGCCUCCCGAAGAUCUUCACGGUGAUGACUACCUCAGCGCCUCGGAGAGCAACAUUGGCUCGGCCCUCACCGAGACCAUCUCCAUUGACUCAACGCCGUCGCUGGCCGAUAGCUUCGCUACAGAGGGCAUUCCAUCCCUCGACACACCGCCACAGCGUGCCCGUCGCGCUCUUAGUCCUGUACGCAAGUCGCUCGAGCCCAUCCGCUCGCCUCCCGACUCGGCCGAGGAGCAGCAUCCUCUGGCCGUGGACGAUGCCGACAUGGACGACUACGAGAGCUCGGUCACCUCGGACUUGAUGGAGGAGACAGCCAUGUCGCUCCUCAGCGAGCAGUUUCGCCCGCUCAAGGCCGUCUUCAAGUCGAACCUGACGGCGUCGCUGCGGGCACUCCGCUCAGCUGCCAAGUCGUUUUCGAGCAUCAACUUUGCCGUCGCCCCCGACGACUUAAUCACACGUUCUAUUCUGACCAUGGACCCCAAGGUUCCUUAUGCGGAUGAGCGCCGCCCGCCUGUCAUGGAGGAUAUCCCGUCGGCUGAGCUGCGAAGAUAUCUCAACCCCACCAUGCGAAACAAGGUGGAAGAGGCCUCGCCCGCUGCCAUGGCUUCUACUACGGUCCAGCAGCCGCGUCCUGCGGCGCCGCCCUCUAUCCAGAUGCAAACCUACAAGAUCCAUCGCUUCAAUAAGCCCACGUCUCGCAGCCUGCCCAACACGGCGCCUCAAGCUACGCCUCCCCCGCCUAGCCGCGCUACCAGCGAGCUUGCUGUACCUGGUAUGCGUCAGCGUGAGAUGCGCGAGAACCCCGACUUUAUCCGCAUUGCCGUCAUGGAGAUGGCGAUGCGCCGCAACGGCAAGCUCGACGACAAGCGCCCUGGCCGUGCUCGCUGGGCCCUUCCGCCUCGCAAGGCGGCCGCCCGCGAGUAUCAGGUUGGCGACGACGGCGUUCCUGCGCGGUGGAUCCCUGCAACGAAUGCUUGAAGAAAGGAUUCAUAACACACAGAAAAAGGGGGCGCUGUUUUUUUUCGGCCCAUCACGAUUUCACACAACGUCAUUUUUCGCCAUCGUGUUUGCGGCGCCAGCCAGCCCUCGGCACAGCAUCCACUCCUUUGGGAACUACGCGAUUCGCCUUGUGGCCAACGGGGCUUUCCGGACCAAGCGGGCCAAUCGUAUACGGGUCCGCGUCCCUAACAAGCACAAAAGCACACGUUACAGCAAGACCCUGGACGGCGCUUGGGCCACUGGAAAAGUUUUGGAAGCGUCGCGGAAACCCCCAACGGCUCGAGCUUACAAUCAGACGGGGGUCCUAGCGGCAAGUCAUAAGACGAUAUGAUGAUGACAAUGGCCCCUGUGUCAGGCGACUAUCGGGUUGUCAUUGAGCCAGGGGUCUGGUUAUCAGCAUGAAAGAAAAGAGAGCCAAUUUGUCUUUUAUUGCCUCUUGGCUCCUGCGAAAGCACCUUGUUGGGAAAGGAGGACCCUUUUUGGUUUCGGCAUAGCUAUGCUCGACUCCACCAGGAUCACAGCAAAAAGGACAAGCAGAAAAAAAAAAGUUCUGCAUCCUUCUGCGCAUGCCUAAUCGGGAAGGCACUCAUUUUACCAAGCUUUGAGGCUUGCGCCAAUGGCAGCGAUGCCGUGGAUGCCGCUGCGCGAUGGCGUGCUCUCCCACCAACACACACACACCACACCGCAUAGUAUAUAUUUUUUUUUCAUUACGUUGGACAUUUUACAUAGAAUGGGUAAGAAGUAAAGUCAAGACUUCUUUUUUUUCUCCCGUCAAGGGAUAUUAGCAUACAUUGGGAAGGAAAGCAUUGGGAACGGCGCAUUUUUUUUCUCUGUUGGUUACUACUGCGCGGGUUUUACAGGACAAGCGGUCAAGCAAGUUUAAUUAUUAUUUGUUAGGUUAGGAUAUCUACUUUAUUACACUUUAUUGAAAACAAAUACACGGCUCUUUGUGUGUGAAAUCUUUUUUUUUUUUUGUCAUGCGUCUUGCUUGG